AUGCUUCCUGUCAACAGUACCAGCUCUGCCUUCUCCACCUUCCUGGUUACAGGCAUCCCAGGGUUGGAGGCUCUGUACAUCUGGAUAUCCAUACCAUUCUGUGCCAUGUUUCUUAUUACCAUAGUGGGCAACAUGACCAUCAUAGUUGUUAUCUGGCGCGAGCAGACUCUCCAUGUUCCUAUGUAUCUUUUUUUGGCCAUGUUAGCUGCCUCUGAUCUGGGUCUCUCUCUCUUUACCUUCCCCACUAUGUUGAGGAUCUUCUUGCUUGCUGCUAGAGAGAUGACCACAUCUGCUUGCUUCACCCAAAUGUUCUUUAUUCACACAUUCCAAGAUCUUGAAUCAGCUGUCAUUCUGGCAAUGGCCUUUGACCGGUAUGUGGCCAUAUCCCACCCACUUCACUAUCACUCCAUUCUUACAAACACUGUGAUUGCCAGAAUAGGAUUGGCUAUUGUUGUAAGAACCUUAACUGUGCAGCUGCCUCUCCCCAUCCUCUUGAGGAGGCUGCACUUUUGUUAUUCCAAUGUACUUUCUCAUUCCUACUGUUUGCAUCCUGACAUCAUCAAGCUUUCCUGCUCCAGUACUAGAGUCAACAGUAUCUUUGGACUCUUUGUGGUACUCUCCACCAUGGGGCUUGACUUUCUCCUCAUCCUCCUCUCAUAUAUGUUGAUUCUGAAAACAGUACUGAGGAUGGCUUCCCACAGUGGCCGCCGCAAGGCCCUCAGCACCUGCGUCUCUCACCUGUGUGCUGUGGUCCUCUUCUUCACACCCAUGAUCUGUCUAUCAAUGCUGCACCGUUUUGGUCCAAGGCUUCCCUCACAUGUCUAUGUGACUCUGGCAAAUAUGCACUUCCUAAUUCCUCCUGUGAUGAACCCCAUUGUCUAUGUGGUGAAAACCAAGCAGAUCCGAGACAAAAUUAAGAAACUAUUCAUUAUAAAAACAACAAAAAAAGCUCACGUCACAUCAAUAACAUAA